CUUAUACUCUUCCCAUUAGACUGAACUUGCCUGUGCACCUCUUUCACAUUGUCCACUACUCAAAGCUAUUCCACAUUUAGAAUGCCGGCAGCUGCAACACGGCGGACACCGGUCUAUGUCAACGUCUAUGACAUGAUCCCAUCAAGUGCGCUCACGUCAAUUGGCUACUUUAUGGGUCUAGGCGUUUUCCACUCUGGUACAGAGGUUCUCGACAAAGAAUUCAACUUUGGAGGACAUGAGUACAACUUUACGGGCGUCUUUUGUGUCGAGCCUCGCGUUGGACCUCCCGGAGUUAUCUACAAGGAGACCAUUCUGGUCGGCUUCACCACCAUGUCAGACCAGGAGAUCAAUCAAGUUAUCCAGCAACUUUCCAAGGAAUACACAGGCGACUCUUAUACACUACUGACAAGGAAUUGCAAUCACUUUUCAGCAGAUAUGGCGUAUCGACUCACAGGAUUAAGGCCACCAGCCUGGAUCAACCGAGCAGCCAAGUUAGGCACCAUGUUCCCAUGCGUUGUACCCCAGGGUUGGGUAGACCCGCCUUCAGCAGAGGAUGAGGAGGUUGUCCAGGACCGAGAGACGUUGCUGCCUCGGCAGCAGUGAGGACAUGUUGCCUUGGUUUUUGUACUAUACCCCAGACUUUUUAUUUGAGACUCGAAAUAAAAACGUGCUGUCCAAUUUGGCGGCG